CGCAUACUCGCCAACAAGUCCGGACCAUCUUCGUGGGCGAGCGAGGAAGUGGCAGGAAGGAACGGGGUUAUUUGGAGUGGCGACAUUGUAAGAGAAUAGAGUUUAGGUUGACAGAGAAGCUCGCAGGUAUUCGCAUCCGACUCCCAGGAAAGCAGGGUCGCACGGCUGGCUCUGUGGGCGAUGGCCAUGGCUUCUACCUCCCAACGCGUCGUCGUCACAUAUGCUGCCCCUCUUGUCUUCCUCUCUACCGACCACUGGAAGCAGAUCCACGCGUCUCUUCUCUCUCAACUUCCUCUGCGCAACCUACACUGGAAGUCCUCUGCCAGGCCUACCAUCCGCACAAUACAAGAGCUCGAUGUCAAAUUCGUCCCUUUGGAAACUUUGCGGGAGGACCAGACAGCGUCGCAGGUGCCGCAGAGCAUCCUCGGAAAGCCUAUGCUGAACAUCUUCGUGUUUAUAUGCGAGGACAGUGAAGCGUACAAGGCCACAACUCGUAAGCACAUUAAGGAAUGGCACGCCUCUGUGGGCCAGCGGAAGAAUCAAGAAUGGUUGCUCGUUCAUAUCGUACGUCCGGACCAGAGCGUCGCGCAAGGGCGGUUGUUCCAGAUGAAGGCGUCCGUGCUGGAUAAAGUCAAAGCGGAUUUCAAUACCGACAAGAAGGACAGAUGCGUACAACUUGUUUGGUCUGCAGAGAGGGACAAUCCCGCUGUGUGGGCAGACCUUACCACCAAGAUCAAGGAGGGCGUGUUGUCCGCUUUUGAUAGCGCGCUCGCUCAGCGAGAGGAGGAAGUAAGGCGGUCAGAGGGCCAGAGACAAAUGCCCGGAUGGAACUUCUGCACGUUCUUCAUCUUGAAGGAAAGCAUCGCAAGCUCCUUGGAGGGAAUGAACCUGCACGAAGAUGCAUUGCAGCAAUACUAUGAGCUAGAGGCGACGUUCUUCCAGGUCCUGCGCGAGAAGAACUUGUCCUGGUUCGGUCCACUCAUCACUCCCUCGUCCUCUGACAACUCCGCUCCUCUGUUGUCUGUGUCUAAGAAGCCCUAUCGCGACUUGAUUCUGGCGAAUACUAUCUCCGUCUUUGACUUUCGAGUCUACCUCUUGGCCAGGCAAUGUGCGCUGCUCAGCGGACUGGGCGACUUGGAGGAGAUAUGUCGGAAGACGGCAACCUUCCUCACUACUAUGGCGCGGACAUUGCGGGACGUUGAGGACACAUUACCGCCAUGUUUUAUCGAAUCCUGGAUCUACUCCUCAGCUCUCAGCGUCGUCGACCAAUGCGACGAGUGGGCACGGCCGCUGGAACUGGGCAAGGCUGCCCUUGCCCCGUUCAGCGCUGCGAAGGGCGAACUUGUUGAACUCGCACGUCACCAGCUUGAUGUGUUCGGCAUAGCUGCGGGUCACCUCCCAAACAAGCCGCCCUUCUGCCUUGCCCUAUCGUCAAACUACACCGGCCCCCAAGAAUCACAAAUCAAGGAGGCGUCGGAAACCAUUUCGCGAACGGAUCUCGCUUCCGCGCUGGUGGAUGUGGACGCAUUCUACGAGCUAUAUGUGGCCAUCACGAACCGCGCGAUCGAGCUCUAUGCCGCCGCGGGGCGGCGCAAGUUCGCACUGAAGCUCCAUGGCUCCCUGGCCGCACUCGACGUGUACGUUCACCGUGGCCGCCUCUCCAGCGCGCUGCAAACAUACACAUCCCUUCCAGCGCAUUACUCCCCGCACGGAUGGACGUCGCUGGAGGCAUUCAUGUUGAACCGUGCCCUGGAUAUCCACGCUUUCGCGGAGAAAUCCAAAGACCGGGAGUGGAUCCACAUCCUCCUACACUUCCUCAGAGCAUAUGUCGACGACAUGGGGAUGGAUCUGCUUUUGAGCACGGAUGACAGCGAAGCCUACGUCGCUCAGCUCGUAUCGGCUCUCAAGGACGCUGCACAUGAGCUGGACUCCGAUACCCCUUACCCCGACCACCCAGCAUUGUCGUUGACGAUCGUGGAACAUGACGCCAAGCUGGCGGAUACCCGGGAUGGCUCUCUGCUCAAAGUCGUGGUACACAACCGCCUACCCUGCGAACUACUUGUGGAUGAGAUCGAAAUGCAGCUGACGGGUCGGGAAAACAGCCGGCUGUCGUUCACGCACGAAGCUGCGCAGCUCGCUCCCGGACGAAACGAGCUCACCCUUUUUUGUCCCUCGUCCUCGGCGGGCACGUACACCCUGUCUAGCACGGAGAUCUCCAUCGCACGUUUGCACUUUCAGUGGAAGCACACGAAGACUCCCAAGCAGAUCCGCGCCGGGAACAUGCCUGCUCUGGUGCAUAUUCCGAAGGAUCUCAAGGCACUCGACGUACGACUCAAGCAGCCUCCCCGCAUCGAACUCGGAACGUCCUCCAGGAUCAUGGUCAUCCUUUCCACCGGACGGAACGAUAUCGCCACUGCGCAGGUGAAACUCAGUGCGCCGUCUGGCAUUCAGUUCAAGUACGAGGAAGCCGAACUGAGCGGGGAUGACGUACCGCCCAUCCGCAAGGAUGAGGAAUCCGUGACCUUUUUGGAUUUGAAGCACGGGCAAACCGUCGUUGCAGCCAUCCCUCACACGGACGCAUCGGCAUAUCACUUCAUGAGAAUCAACGUCGCCGUCGAGUAUGUCACCACAUCCGAGCUAGAAGUCACCAGGACACUGCGGCUCAGCCGGGUCGUCGCGACGUCCCUGCCCGUGGCGAUCAACGUCGAGGACUUCUUCCGUGGAACGAGACUCUUCACGCGCUUCACGCUAUCGACGACGUCGCACCAACAUGUGCGGGUGCGCUCCACCAAGCUGCUGUCGCCGAACGAGGCGGAUGGGGUGAAGGUCACGAGCUGCAUGUCGCAGAAGCCGUCCGUUGUGACUAUCACUCCAGCACAGCCGGGGCGUUUCCUGUUCCAGAUGGAUGCUAGUCGUGGUCAAGUGCGAGAUCCGUUGAAGCUGCAGAUCUCGUACCGCAUGCUUCGCGAAGAGGUCGAAUCGCUCAUAGAGCAAGCCGCCAGCGAAGUGGUCACCGAAACACCGUCACUAGACCCACUACGUCAGGACAUAGUGGACAAGCUGGUGCAGGCACUGGAGACGACCGCUUCUUGGGUAGAACUGUACGGAGUCACCGGCGAGCUCACUGUGCCCGGAGUCACCCCCGGCGAUGACGACAUGGGAGCUGGGUUGCGUCGGGUGAUUGAGAUCUUGAAAACGCGCAGGUCGCCAACAUCAUUCGGAGAAUGGCGCGAGAUCGUUAUCCCUGUCGACGUGCCGCAGAUGCACAUCCUUGCAGCGGCACGCCUGCAGAUCAUGGAGAACCCAUUUUCAGUCGAGAAAUCCAAGAAAUGCACACGGCCGCUUUACGCGGGCCAGCCUAUCUCUGCGCUGCUGACUGUGGAGACGUCGUUCCACUGGUCACCACCGGAGGACGAGCAGGUCGACCGGUACCUCAUGCGAUAUGACAUCGAAGAUCUCACACAGGAGUGGCUCGUCAGCGGACGCAAGCGGGGAGACUUCUUGGCCAAGGACGGCGAGACGUUCUCGGUGCCGAUCACGCUCAUAGCCCUCCACCACGGAGAGCUGCCUUUGCCGAAGAUCGGUGUGACUGCUCUACCCAUCCCGGGCGAACACAGGAUGCGCUCGAGCGUGGUACCUAGCUGCGAAACGUAUCAGGUACAUGGCGCGGAGAACGUGCUGGUGCUGCCCCGGGGUGGGCGGAGCACGUUUGUGGUGAACAUGGGAGGGGCAAAUACCAGCAUGUAGCGAUACCCCGCCCUCUGCUGCUAGUUAGUUGUACAGCAUAUAUUAUUGCGUUCCGG